AUACGAAAAGUAUCGAAAGUGUUGCACUGAUCCUUUCGAGUGUACCAACAUCUUUUGCGACAAAGUGGAUUCAUAGAUACAUUACGUAAUUUUAUUCGCUAUUUUCUCAUCGAUAUUGGGACGAAAUAUUAAAUUAUAAACUACAGCCAAUAUGUUCGGAGGUGGUGGACCGUACCGACCUAUGAAGUACCCGUAUACCCUCACUGCAAAGAUAGCUCAAUUUCCAUUCAAAUAUUACUGGAAACACAGUUGGCUAUUCAAGUAUUGGCUAAUUGGUAUAGUGGUAGUAUCGCCCGUAUUUUACAAGAUACAAAAAUUAUCAUAUUCGCCUGAGAAUGUUGAGAAAUGGAAGAAACUUGAUAAAGAAUUGUUCCAAGGUACUGGCCAUCAUUAACGACAAAGUACCAACAUUAGAGAGCUGUAUGUUAAAGUUCUAUGUCAAAUACAUGUAAAGAAAAAAGUAAUCUGUAAGUCGUCUCGUUCAUCAAACGAAUGAUCUAAAGAAAAUAAACCAGAUAUAUAUCAUCA